AGCUUGUCUGUUGGUGACUCAGGCAUUACUGCUGGGGAAGGUUGGGCAUCGGCUCCGGCGGAGGUUCCCAAUGAUAUUAAGAAAAGUGGUUCUGACUCUGAUAUUACUUCGAAUACCUUAACGGGACAGACUCGUAACAUGGCUGAA